AUGAAACCGCCACCUAAUACUACUCCGCCACCUCAGAAAGUAUGUCUUCUUCGCAGUGCUCUCUACGGUCUAAAGCAGGCUCCUCGAGUCUACUCUCAUGAUUCAGCCUUGCUCACUCGCCAGACAUCUAGUGAUAUUGUGCUCCUUCUUUUAUAUGUUGACGACAUGAUUAUUGUAGGUGAUGACCCUCAAGCAAUAUCUGACUUGCAAUGUUACCUAGGUAGGCACUUUGAGAUGAAGGAUUUAGGAACUCUAAGUUAUUUUCUUGGCCUUGAGAUCUCCUCCUUGUCUGAUGACUAUUACUUAUCUCAAGCUAAAUAUGCCACUGACCUCCUCAGUCGAUCUGGAGAUCCUACUGAUAGAAGAUAUACCACUAGUUAUUGCUUCUAUUUAGGUGAUGCUCUUAUCUCCUGGCGCUGCAAGAAACAAUAUGUCGUUCCUCGUUCUAGCACUGAGUCUGAAUAUCGUGCUCUAGCUGAUGCCACUUUAGAAUUAUUAUGGCUUCAUUGA